CUUCCCCUGUAACUUUUUUUUUUAUGACAUGCAUUGUCAUCUAUGUCAUAUUGCGUAGUUUCACAGCUUUCACCGUGUCUUCCCUCCGUGUACCUCUCCUUCAAAAUAUAAAUGGGUGCCAUGUCACCGACUUAUUACAUUCAAACAACUUUUUCAUCAAAGUAAGGACAUUAACCUCCAGCUGUCUGCUUCGUUGAAUGGAACAGGAGACAUCUUCCCCUAGCGACGAUCCCGAGGUUAAUACAUUUAGAGAGAAUAAGAAAGGAAGAAAAGAUAGUAAAGACAGCAAAAAUGAAGAGGAUUCCGAAUCAGUUGGCGUCUCUGAUUAUCAAACAAAUAAAGAUAAUUAUUCAGAGAACACAGAGGUGGAAGUGGAGAAAGAUGUUGACACCAAAAUUAAAUCUUGUCCAGAAGUACCCAAAGUUCUCCUGCAUAGGAUAUUAACAGAUGGACAGAGUUCGAAACCCACUCCACCAGAGAAAAAAGAUGACGGGUUUUGUUGGAUUGUCGUCAUCGCUAGUUUUCUGGCGUGGUUCUUGUUUGCAGGAACCCGCAGUAGUAUUGGUCUUAUCCAGGAAGAGUUUGAGAAGAGAAUAAAGGAGAGCCCUACAGGACUAUCAUGGAUAGGGGCAAUGGUCAAUGCCAUUCCUCUUUUAUUGGCUCCAGUUAUUUCAGUUUUAACGAAAAUCACAAGCUGUGGAUUUCUGUCGUCUGUAGGCGGCGUCAUCAGUUGUGCCGGAUUUUUGCUGGUGACUUUCACUGAUACAUUGCCUUUGGUUUUUGUAGGUUUGGGACUACUUCCUGGAUUGGGAAUAGGCCUCAUGGCACUUCCCUCAACUUUUAUGGUCAGUGGUUGUUUUGAUAGUAGACGAGGUCUUGUCUUAGCACUAAGUACAGCUGGUGGAGGCUUGGGGUUUAUUGUUUUUCCAAUCUUUUUCUCCUUCAUGGUCAACUUUUAUGGUCUCAAAGGAACGCUUUUGGUCUGGUCUGCUCUCUACCUUAAUGGUAUUCUUUUCGGGAUUAUCUACCGGCAAAAGGAAAAAAACCCAAAGACAAUUGGUAAAAAAGUAGAAUUUUCAGAAAUGAGGAAGUCCUUUUGCGAUAGAGAUGCCUUCUGCUCCCAUAACUUCUUUUCGAUGAUACUUUCCAACAUGAUAUUUGGUGCCUGUGACACUAUUCCAUUCCUCUUUAUACCUUCAAAGGCCGAGAGAAUAGGUUUCUCGUUAGAAUUGUCGGCCAUGUUGAUUUCUGCCAUUGGUUUCACUAGCAUUACUGGAAGGAUCGGGAUCGGAAUUUUCACUGGAAAAUCAAAAAGCAGACGACUGGGAUCUUUCAUUGUUGCAUUCCUUGUUUGUUCGUUUUCUAUGGCUUUGUACGCAUUUACAGAAAGAUACGAUAUUCUUAUCAUGGGUAGUUGCGUGUUUGGAGUGUCAACAGGUUCAUUUCAGGGCGAGUUCACGGGAUGGUCCGCUUUAUGUUCCCUUUAUAGUCUACAACCAAUGGUCUUGAUAGACCUAUUUGGUAUUGACAAAUUAGUAUCCAGUUAUGGAGUAAUUAAUUUGAGUUUUGGAAUCGGGUCUUUGAUGGCCGGUUCAUUGACAAGUGCUUUAUCCGUACUUCUGGAUGACGCCGACUUUCCAUUCUACAUGGCUGGGGUACUGAUGAUUUUGGGUGCCGUGUCCCUGGGCGUCACUAAAUGUUCUUGUAAAAGACUGAAACCUGUCCCACAGGCUGAGUCUUCUGAUCUGAGCGAGAUCUUCGUUAUCAGUCACACAGCUACUAUCGGUGCACCUGCCGCUUAGAAAUAUUGCCUGCUGCAUUCAGUUAAUCUGAAUAGUUUCGUUUUAAGCGUAUUUUUAAAGUAUUCGUAGUAUCCAAGUCCACAUCUUUUAAUAAACAUGGCUGUAUUUGAA